AUGAGCAAAAGGAAACAAAUUGAUAUUUCCUCCUAUUUUGGUGGGGCAGCCAUAAGUUCAAAGGACGUCUGCACGACUGAAAAACCUGCAACCGCUGCCAAGGUUAGCAAGAGAGUUUUGCACUUAUCAACCGCAGAAAAAUGGAAAACCACGCAACUAGCAGUAUAUAAUGCAGAGGACUGGCUGCUUUUUUUAAAAGACACUGAUGCAAACCAAGUAAAAGCAUUGAAAUGCAGUGCAUGCACAAGAUAUUAUACACAAAUUUCAGGUGUCAAGGGUUUUUCUCCACAGUGGUCAUCGGAUGAAAAAUGCACGCGACUUAUGUUGUCAAGCGCAACAGAUCAUGCCACCAGUGAACCCCAUAAACAGGCAAUGAUUCUGGUUAUGAAACAAAAAGGUAUGAACGUAUCCGAGCGUUCUAAAGCCAUGCAGGGUGUCCUUGACUCGCAAAAGCAAGGAAGCUUUUUGUCUGCCCUCGCGACACUUAAUGAACAAGACUUAGAAAGAACGAAGAAGAAAUUUCAAAUCGCAUACUACAUCGCGAAAGAGGAAUUGCCUAUUGUGAAGUAUAGUACAAUGUUGGACCUUGAAGAGAGACUUGGAGUUGAUAUUGGUACAGCAUACCGUAACAACAACUCUGGGGGAGUGUUUAUGGAUUACAUAAGUGAAAUUAGUAUAAUUACAUAGGUGAUUAUUGAAAAUUCUCCACGCUGAUUGGUUGCCAUUGAGGUGAUUAUUACGCGAUAAUCACCUAAGCGAUUUUCAAAAUGGCGGCCGAAGCCUUUUUGUCAAUUAAAUGACGAAGAAAUGUGUAUUUUCUUAUUUUUUCCCAAAUAAUCACCUAUGAAAUUAUACUAAAACAAUUAUUCACCUCAGGCUCGGUGAUUAUCGUGAAUAAAAACCUCGACUUCGUCUCGGUUUUUAUUCACCGAUAAUCACCUCGCCUUCGGCGAAUAAUUGUUAAGUAUUGCGGAGGAAUUAAAACAGAAACUAGCUAAAGUUCACUUUUACAGUGUCUUAACAGAUGGCUCUACUGAUGCGGCUACGUCUGAAAAUGAAGCUGUGUUUGUGGUUCAUUUCGAUCCGGAUCCUCCGGGAUGUGACAAAGUCAAAGUUGUUGUAAGUUUCCUCAAGCUUAACUUCCUACAAACUGCUGGAGCAACCGGGAUAGUAGAAAGUAUUAAAGAAAGCUUCAAAGCAGUGUCAAUUGAUGAUUUAUUCCAUAAAUUAGUUGGUUUUGGAGCCGAUGCGGCAAAUGUGAAUAAAGGUAACAAAGAAGGUGUAAAGGCAAUUUUAAGAAGAGAAAACCCAUGGUUGAAUUUUGGUUGGUGCGUUGCACACCGCCUUGAAUUGUCACUGAAGGAUAGUUUGCAAGGGACCGUGUUCAACGAAAUUGAUGAGGUGAUUUUGCGUAUGCACUAUCUGUAUAAGCAAGCACCGAAGAAAUUAAGGCAACUUAAACUGCUUGUAGAUAUAUACGAUGAGGGUGACGAGUUUGAAACAGGCGGUUACCGUCCCAAGAAAGCAUCAGGUAUAUUACAGUAAUCUUUCAGUUAUUUUUGACAAGUUAUGUUAUACUCCAAUAUAAGAAAGCCAACAUCAUUCAAGAUUUUUAUCAGUAAUUCAGUUUUACAGUAAUUUGUAUGAUAUGUUAUAAUGUAUGAAAUUUUUCUUGCAGGCACACGCUGGAUUGCACACAAAGUUGCUGCUCUCGACGUUAUUUUGGACAAAUAUGGCAUAUAUCUUCAACAUUUGGAGAAUAUAUCAGAAGACAACAGUUUCCCUGCAGAUGAUCGUGCCAAACGUAAAGGUUGGCUAAAAAAAUGGUCAAAAGCCAAGAUACCUUUGCUCAUCGCUCUUUUUAUCGAAGUUUUAGCACCGGCAAAAUGUCUGUCCAAAUCUUUCCAGGCGGAGGACAUUGAUGUGGUUGCAAGCAUCGAAAACGUUGAGAAAACCAAACGCCAGUUACAUCGAAUUUCUCGAAAGGAGCUGCCGACGGUUAAAAGGUUGCUCCAGAAAAUUCAAGAGCGAGAUGGAAAGUAUCUCCUUCACGACGUUGUAAUCCGAGGAUACGAAAGAGCGGUUGAGACAACUGCGAAAGUGAAAGACGACCUCGUAGAGCGUGUCAAAAAUGCAAUUGAACAACGCCUCGAAGAAGAUACUGAGGACGAAAGAGGCGAAUUAGCCGCACUUCUUAACACGGCUGGCUGGGUGAAAGCGAAAGAUGAUGCUGUUGAGAUCUUCGAUCAAGAUGUGGAGAGACUCUAUGAGAGAUAUCGCAUACCCUUGGAAAGAGCAUGUUUUAGCGGAACAGUUGGAGAGCUUCUCGACCAAUGGCACAACCUUUUAGAGCACGCGCUUGCUUACUUGUCCCCGGAAAGAGUUGACUACAGGGUUGUGUGGCAUCAGCUAUUUAACUGUAGCAGAUCUAAGGAGUGGAAUGCUAUUUUAACUCUUAUUGAGCUGUUAUUCGUUCUUCCGGUGUCUAACGCUAAAGUGGAGGCGUUCUUUUCAUUAAUGAAACGUGUGAAAACUGACACCAGGGCAUCACUCAAAGAACAUCGUCUCAACAGCUUACUUCGUAUCGUUACUGAAGGGCCGCCAACAAAUGACUUCAUCCUAACCACAGCCAUCGACCUUUGGAUGAGAGGCACUUGCACAGUACGCAGGCCAAACCAGUCUUAUAGGUCUUACAAAGCAAGAGAAAAAAAGAAGAUUGCCGAAACGCUUAUUGACGUAGGGGUCGACACAAGCGAGGAAGACAGCGAAUGA